AUGUUACAAAGCCCUACAACAACAUGGGGGGUUCAGAGCUUUACCCUUUCUAUUCUUGAGAAGAAAAACAGAAAUACCAAACAAUGUCUUAGGGGAGAGAGGAGAAAACUUUACCAAAUCCAAAACCCCAUCCUUCAAAUCUACACACCCAUUUCAACCCCCUUAGAAGUAGCAAAAAUCCCAACAACCAAAUCAUUCGAUCACCUCAGCACUCCUCCUAAAAAGCGCAAAAUACCCCAAAACAGCACAAGCAGCAGCCACCAAAUUGCCUUCCUUCAACAAAAUCUUGAUCACAAUCACAAAAAUCUCUCUUGUAAUCUUCCUCCCCUCCAACCUUCUGCCUCAUCAUAUGGGUGGCCUGCCCUUUAUGCCUCGGUGCUUCUUGGGGCAGUUUUUGGGCUGCUUUCCAUGUUUGCAGCUCUUGCAGUCAUGUUGCCUGCGACCUUGGUCACAUGGAUCACUAUUGUGGUCAUGCUGGCCUUCUUUGGAAAGCCUAGGAGGACUUUGGUUGUGGAGGGGAGGAAGAUUACAAGAGAGAUUUUUGUGAUUGUGAUCAAGAUUUUGUUGAAGGAAGGCAAUUUGGUGGCUGCUGCUUGUGCUGUUUUGGGGUAUUUUGCGCUUUUUAGGAGGAGUGCUGAGGUGAUCGAAUGAUUUGGU